GUAGACCUGUAUAUAUACACCCACCGAUCGGUCCACUUAGUUAUUCAUCAACGAACACCAUGACUGGAAGACUUUGGCUGGGGCUUCUGGUCAUCUGUGUUGCAGCAGGCAAGGCUGAAUCAGCAAGAAAGGCUGUUUGUGCUGAUCUUGAGAUUUGGCAAUGCAAUACGAAUAUGAACCUUGUGUGUGCAAGUAAUGGACUGACUUAUGGCAAUGAGUGUCUCCUCUGCAAGGAGAUCCAUGAAUCCAAGAAGAACAUCUUGGUCAAAAGACAAGGAGCCUGCUGACUUGUAUGGUUGAUCAAAUCAACACCAUGAGGCAACCCAGAAAAAUCCAUUGUUGUCUCAUUGUAAUAAAGUCUUAAGAUUGA